GGCGCUUCCGGUAAGAUGUCUGCGCCCAUGGGCACACGAAUGAUAAGUGAUUUUUCAUUUCUUAUUCGUUAAUUUCGUCAGUGCAUGAUGGGGAUCUUAAAGAGAGCCACUCUCUGCUCUUGGAGCAGACUUAGAUAUCUUCAUCAGCAACAGGGACUUUUAUUAGCAAGAUCAAUAUUCAGUAAAACUGGAGAAUGGCCCAAAAAAUUGGACAAAGAAGUAAGAUUUGAAAUAGAGGAUCAUUGGAAGGAUAAAAUUAGAGAAUAUGAUUUGACCAGGACACAAAAAGAUAAUGCAUCAGAAAGAAAUAAGUACUAUGUGCUGUCCAUGUUUCCCUAUCCUAGUGGCAGUCUGCACAUGGGCCACAUCAGAGUAUACACAAUCAGUGAUACCAUCUCUAGAUUCCAGAGAAUGCUGGGAAAACAGGUGAUCCACCCUAUGGGAUGGGACGCAUUUGGUCUACCAGCUGAGAAUGCUGCAAUUGACAGAGGUGAAAUGCCAGAACAAUGGACUAAAAGGAAUAUUGUAAAUAUGAAAAAACAGCUGGAUGAUAUGGUUUAUAGCUUUGACUGGGAAAGAGAAUAUGCCACCUGUGAUCCAACAUAUUACAAAUGGACACAAUACAUCUUCCUAAAGAUGCAUGAGGCAGGAUUGGUUUACCAGAAAGAGGCCUAUGUCAACUGGGACCCAGUGGAUCAGACAGUCCUGGCAAAUGAGCAGAUAGACGAGGAGGGGAAAUCAUGGCGGUCCGGAGCUGUUGUCGAGAAGAAACUUCUCCGGCAGUGGUAUUUCCAAACCACUAAGUAUUCCAAGUCUUUAAUAGAAGGUCUAGAGGAAUUAGAGCCCAAUUUAUGGCGUGACGUAAUCAUACAGCAGCGGCACUGGAUUGGGGAAUGUAAUGGCUGCCGACUGGAAUUUAAGCUAAAGAGACAUGGAGUAGACUUGUCUGGAGAUCCUCUGUCAGUGUUCACGACCACCCCUGAGGCUCUGUGUGGAGUGUCCUAUAUCUCUAUCUCCCCACAGCAUCUACUGAGUAAGAGGGCAGGUCUGGAGACAGCCUCAGGUUCAGACUCGGUCCAGUGUCUUGAUUUGAAAGCAAUAAACCCUUUAACACAGUUAGAGAUUCCAAUUUUUAUUGUAGAAUCUGAAGAUUAUCCUACAGCUACAGAUUCUAAACUUGGUAUUCCUUGCCUUAAUGAGGAAGAUAAAAUAUUUGCUGAGAAGAAUAAACUCAAUUUUGUAGAAGUGUUAACAGAGAAAGCUGAUGGCACAGAAACAAUGAUCAAUUCUCAGCAGUUGUCAGGAAUGAGUAGAGAAGAGGCUUACCAAGCUGUGGUGUCCUUAGCUCAGGAGAAUAACUUUGGCUAUGUUACCAGUGCCAAGCUACAUGAUUGGUUAAUCUCUAGGCAGCGAUACUGGGGCACACCUAUACCCAUGAUUCAUUGUCCAAGCUGUAAGGCAGUCCCAGUUCCCAUGGAAGAGCUCCCCGUAGAACUACCUAUGGUCACUACUUUCUCAGGCAAGGGUCAGUCGCCUUUGGACACAGCUAAAGAAUGGAAAAGUGUGAAGUGUCCCAAAUGCGGUGGUGCUGCUGAGAGGGAGACGGACACCAUGGACACGUUUGUCGACUCCUCAUGGUACUUCCUCCGCUAUCUGGACCCCAGGAACACACACAUGCCCUUCAGUCCAGAGAUGGCCAACAGACUGAUGCCUGUGGACCUGUACAUAGGAGGAAAAGAGCAUGCUGUAUUGCACCUGUACUUUGCCCGUUUCUUCAACCACUUCCUGUACAACCAGGGCAUGGUUGCUCACAGGGAGCCGUUCACCAACCUCCUGACACAGGGAAUGGUCCAGGGAAAGACUUACAGGGUGAAGGACGCAAGUGGAAGAUACCUAAAACCAGAGGAGGUUGAUUUUUCUGGAAAGAAACCAGUUGAAAAGGGAACAGGUGAAAAGAUAACUGUUACCUGGGAAAAAAUGAGCAAGUCGAAGAAUAAUGGCACUGACCCACAGGAAGUAUUAGAAGAAUAUGGUGUGGAUUUAACAAGAUUGAAUAUACUGUCUGGUGUGGCGCCAAAGACGCCCAGAAAGUGGGAUGUUAGCUCCUACACAGGAAUAAUAAGAUGGCAAGCCAAAAUAUGGACAUUAGUCAAGGUUUUAAAACGGCAACGACAGCAACAACAACAGACUGGUCAAACCUGUCCACUAAGUCCUGAGGAAAUGGCCAGUCACGAAGAAAUCCUUUACAAGGCCAGGAAUAGAUUUUUGAAAGAUGUGAGCUUUCACCUCAGCUUCACGUUUCUGGUCAGUGUCGGGAUAUCCAGACUACAAGAACUGACCACAGCUCUUAAGAAAUUUCCUACAGAGGGAGUCCUCUACAGCAAAGAAUAUGAAAGAGCACUUUGUGAUUUAGUUGUCAUGGUAGCACCAGCGGCCCCCAUGUUUGCCUCAGAAUUGUGGGAAGGUAUUCGGAACUGCGCAGGAAGGCUGAAUGAUCAUUAUUCUUGGGACCAGUCGGUGUUAGACCAGAGCUGGCCGUCUAUAGAUGCAGAAUUCCCUUUGCCUUUAGUAAUUUGGGGGCGAUCGGGAAGUGAAAUUCAUAAAAUUUUCAUGCCUCGCAAAGAACUAGAUUGCCUGACCCCGGAAUCGGCCCGUGACUUGAUAAAGGCGACUAAGGAGACGUCAAAGAUAGACUUAGAAGGCAGUGCUUUUUACCUCCAUCACGGCAUCAUGGCCGAUCUCGUUCUGAAUUCUAAAGCAGACGAGAGAAGAGAAAAUACGACUGCAGAUGAUCAAAUGCAAGAAAAAGCAGGUAACGAAGUUCUAGGAGAAAAUGGAUGAUGAAUGAUAAAACUGGACCUUUUUGUUCUUUGUACCAAGACAAUUUUCUUUUUUUUUUUUUUUAAUGUUACUGAGAUCUAAUGAUCUUCAACAUUUAGGGAAAAAAUAAAAAUUAUCGUAUAAAAUUGAUUUCCUUUUUAUGAUUGACCGGCUUUUGGGUAUGUUGUGAGUUUUGUGACUUUAAAAUGUAAAGAGUAUUUUAUAAAACGAAUUGCUUAAUAUAUACUGUUAAAUACAGUAAAACAUCAAUUAUUUUAAA